ACAAGCUCAAAUUCCGAGAAUUGAGCUCCUCUGAUUCUUAGAACUGGGGGUUCUUAGAAGUGGUGAUGCAAGAAGUUUCUAGGAAAGCAAUACCAGAGCUCGACAAGAUGGCUUGCAGCUGUAUCCAAUUUACGCGACAUGCCAGCGACGUGCUGCUGAACCUCAACCGGCUGCGGAGCCGGGACAUCCUCACAGAUGUCACCAUCCUGGUCAACAGACAGCAGUUCCGCGCUCACAAGACCGUCCUCAUGGCCUGCAGUGGUUUGUUCUACACUAUAUUUACGGACUCCCUGAAGUGUAACCUGAAUGCCAUCAGUCUGGACCCCAAGGUGGACCCCGAGGGGUUUGCCAUCCUCCUGGACUUCAUGUACACCUCUAGACUGACGCUGAAGGAGAGUCUGAUCAUGGCCAUCAUGAACACAGCCAUCUACCUACAGAUGGAUCACGUUGUGGACACCUGCCACAGAUUCAUCAAAUCCAGCGACCCUGGCCAGGCCAACAAGCUGCCCAGAGAUGAGUUCUUGGUCAGCCCCUUGCUUUUACCUCAGGGCGUCCAUGCAUACCGGCCCCACGAUGUGGUCGACAACCUGCCCGGCCGCGUCGGCCCCUUCAGAGACGGGAGGCCCUACGGCUCCAGCAUGUUCAACGGGGUCAAUUCCCCCAGCAACUACCACCUCUACGGUCAGUUCCCCGUCCAGGGGUUCCCUUUCCCGGUCUGCAAGCUGACAGACGCCAAAAACACAUUCGCUGAUUUCUCUAAAGGCGGGAUCCACCACAAGCACUGUUCCCCCCCGGACACGGGCAGCGCCAUGAGGGUUGAUUACAGCCGAGCGGUCAGCGGGGGCUCGGCCAGCAUCCACCAUACAGCCAGCUACGCCACCUCCAGGGAAGAGGAGAUGAGGAAGGAGAGCCAUGAGGGAGGGGUCAGCCAGACUGGUGGGGUGGGAGGCUCCAGGAAGAGAGGGUUCGCCACGGCGGGCCACAAGCAGCAGAUAGUGGUUCUGGGUAAGGAGCACGGUCCUCAGACGACAGAGGAAGACACGAGCCAGCAGCACUACCCUCUGGGGAUCUCCUCAGCUGGACGGAAGGGCCUGAUGAGCAGUCCUCAGAGCCCGCUGAAAUCGGACUGCCAGCCUAAUUCCCCCACCGAGUCCAGCAGUAGUAAGAACGCAGGUCUCUCCCUCUCCCAGGCCGGCCGGUGUGGUGCCCUGCCCCUACAGGGCAGCCAGGAUCCCAAGGCACGCAACUGGAAGAAAUACAAGUUCAUAGUUCUGAACCAGAGCGCCACCAAGGAGGAGAAUACUGAGCCGCAGGAGGUGGUGGUCCCCUCCCCCCAGCGCCUGGGUCUGCCCCCCUACCCCCAGCCCUCUGACUCAGAGCACCUGGACACGCAGGCCAACGCCAACAUCAGCGAGCACGGAGAGGAGCUGCUUGUUCCACAGGCCUCCAGACUCAACAGCAUCAUCAACAGCCACUUAAAGUGCACCUCCUGUGGUGCCCCGCCCCCGCAGCACUCUGAAGUGUGUCCCAACACCCCGGCUUCCUGUUUAGCGGAGGACAUGAUGUCAGAGUUACACUCUGAGUACUCAGACUCCAGCUGUGAAAAUGGUACGUUCUUUUGUAAGGAAUGCGACUCCAAGUUUGCUGACGACGGAGCCCUGAAACUCCACAUGCUGCAGACCCACAGUGAUAAGCCAUACAAGUGCGACCGCUGUCAAGCUGUUUUCCGCUACAAAGGAAACCUCGCCAGCCACAAGACAGUCCACACUGGAGAGAAGCCGUAUCGCUGCAACAUCUGUGGUGCUCAGUUCAACAGACCAGCUAACCUCAAGACCCACACUCGUAUCCACUCAGGAGAAAAGCCAUACAGAUGUGAGACAUGUGGAGCUCGAUUCGUGCAGGUUGCCCAUCUCCGUGCCCAUGUGCUGAUCCACACCGGGGAGAAGCCAUACCCGUGUGAGAUCUGUGGAACGCGCUUCCGUCACCUGCAGACGCUGAAGAGUCACCUGCGCAUACACACAGGAGAAAAGCCCUAUCAUGUAAGUAGAAUGACACCAUUAUAUAUACACCCUAUGUAAGUAGAAUGACACCAU